GUCGACGAAAGGCUUCGGAUAAAGAGAGUUAAAAGACACAGUUCGUCUGUCCAAUGAGAAGGGUCCGUCCUCUGCUUCCUGCUAUGAGGCCCUCCCCUUUUUGUUCUGCACGUCAGGGCCACCGUAACUCCCACUACACUAAAUAAUGUGAAUACCGGCUGAUGCUACUUCGCUUCCUCAUAGGACCCUUUGGUACUCGGCUGCGUGUUUCUGUCCGGACCAGCUUUACAAACACACCGUUGCUAUGGCGGCGGCCCACUAACAACGACAAACCUCGAGAGAAGGGCCACCAAGGGAAGCAGCGUAUACGCCGAUGUAGUGACGUCACUAAGUCUGUGAACGUCAGCGAGUGUGUUUAUCUCACGAGCUAAUCGAAGCUAACUGAGCUAGCAGCAGGAUUAUCUGUUAGCUGGCAGGCGGCUAACGCCCUUAGCUUCUCUUAACAUCCGGAGGUGACUGAUGGGCUGUAAGACUCUUCACACCGAGAUGGACCUGGUCUUCUUCAGACCACUUCUGUCCCCAUGCCGGUAUCAACAUGUCGGACUGUGACCCAGCUGCAGAGGGCCCCCCCGCUCCAGGUCCUGUCCGCCCCCCCCUGGCAGAGAAGGCUCUGUCGGAGGACUUCUCCCGGCUGAGGUACAGGGACACGUCCCUGCUGGUCUGGCAGCAGCAGCAGCAGGACGUGCAGUUCGCCCCCCCCUCCACCUACCUGAGCCGCAGCCAGUCGGCCUGGUACAGCAGCUUCGGGAACCAGGCGGUUCUGGUCCGGGACAAGACGGGCCUGGAGGUGGAAGAGGGGCGAUCCAGGAUCUGCACAGUCAUGUAGACCAGAACCGACUGGUUUCAUGUGCUGUGAACAUCGGUGCAGCGGGUGGUUCUGGUCUCAGAGGGUGGUCCCCUUUUCCAGAGAGCCGCUAGGCAUUGUGGGAAAUGUGUGGGCAGUUUGACUGAGCUACAAAGAGUCAACAACCACGGUUGUAUUAUAUUUGUGUAACGUUAUCGAUUGAUCCAUGACCUGAGGUGAUUGGUCAGGAGGCGGAGCUUGUGUACCUCCACCUGCCCGGCAUCAGGAAGUGUUCUUGUCCAAGUCGUGUGUUGGUUUUCGCUCUUUGUCAACAGGUAUAUGAAUAUUAAACGCAUUGGGACUUGUUUAUUAAAGUAAACCCAGUGCGUCAAAGAGG